AUGUCAGUCUCAUCACUCACGCCGGCGGCUAAAAUGGGGGAAGCGACAUUCGCCGUAACCCUAAUCUCACCACCACCAAUUCGAACCCUAGCACAAUCCAAUCUCCCCCUCACGAUCCGAUCGCGUCUGCAAUUCUCAGCAUUUUCACUUUUCCGACCGAAGAUCCCCGACCCGGUCAAAACCACUAUCACCACAACGGCCGCCGCCGCCGCCCGAGCCUCGAUUCCGAACCGAAGCAUCCCAGCGAGGGACAGAGUGAUCGACUUCGGUAAGUACAAAGGGAGGAUGUUGGGGAGCCUUCCGUCGUCCUACCUGCGGUGGAUCUCGAAGAACCUGCGGGCCGGCGACACGUUGGAGUGGGCGAUGUGGGCGGACCAGGUGCUGGCCGACCCGGUCUACGGGGACCGGAUCGAGUGGGAGGCUGCGGAACAGGUCCUCACAGGGGACGUCGCCCGCCGCCUCUCCGACGGCGGCGCGGUUGCGGAGCUGCUGGAGUUAUGCGAGAAGUUCGGUUGGGACAGAGAGGACAGGGCCGCGUGGGCCAGGGUUGAUUUCGGGCUGCUGGGCACCUCCAAGGGCGGAAGGAUUCCCAGGGCUGGGGGCGGAGGGGUUCCGGCGAGAGCCGACGAGGAGAGAGAAAGCGGCACGGUGAGAUUGGGGGAUGGCGGUGGAGGAAGGCGGAGGGAGAGGAGAGAGAGGGCGAGGGUGCGGAGAGUGGAGAAGACAGCUGGUGGUGGGAUGGGGGGCGGAGGGGAUGGGCUGAGGAGUUUCGGAGACGGCCAGGGCGGCAGCAGUUCCAUCUCCGGCGAGGGCACCAGUGGUUCCAUCAGCGGCAGUGUCGAGAAGCGAUUCCCGGGGAGGGAAGCCUUGUUGAGAAAGGUUCUUACCCGCGGCCGGGGAUUCAACUAG